AUGGGUAGCAUUGAGUUCGGAUUUAAGUCCAUUCCAAUCCGGCAUGGAUCCAAACACCACCAAAAGAUUCCCAAGCAAUACUUCCUCAACCAUAGUCAACAGCGCCCAUUCUUCUUCUACACGACCGUUAUGACCUCCACGCGCAUACCAUCUGCCCAUACGGUCGCCGGCGACGAUGACCUCUUGACGGAGAUACUACUAUGCCUACCCAUAAAACCACUCGUCCUUUUCAAAUCCGUUUCCAAACACUGGCUUUCUCUCAUCACCAACCCCCAUUUCUGCCGUCGCCGAAGCCGUGGCAUUGGAGCUCCCUCUGGCCUAUUCUUGUACCGGUCUUCGAUUGACUUUAGCCUCGAAUGUGAUUUUAUCCCUCUGGAAGACACAAGCCCGACGAAACCCCCCGUCGGAACUCUCACUUUUGUCAAUUUUCCCAAUCGAAGAAGAAUCUGGCAGUCUUGCAAUGGUUUGUUGUGUUGCUUUACCUUUGGAGGACCUGAUGCUAAAUGCAACUAUCAUAUCUAUAAUCCUACUAUCCACCGAUUCACUACGCUUCCUAAUCCUGCUGGUCGAGUUUUCAGGAACAGUCGCCGUGUUGGAUCAGUUCAUGCAGUUAAUUUGGCCUUUGAUCCAUUGAAAUUGCCACACUACAAAGCUGUUUGUGUUUAUGACUCUCAGAUAUUGCCUGAACAAUUUGAGAUUGAAGUAUAUUCAUCCGAAACCGGUCUUUGGAGGCACUCUGCUGAUCCUUUCAGUGCAAAAGUUAAUUUUGAGCUAGGAGUUUUCUGGAAUUGUGCCAUCAAUUGGGUCAGUUACCAGGGUAAUUCGUUGUAUUUCAAUGUUGAUGAAGAGCGUCUUGGAACAAUGCCGAUGCCUCCACUGCCCUACGGUUGCGAGGGGAGGAAGCUCAGAUAUUUCGCAGAGUCUUGUGACCAUCUUCAUCUUAUUGAGAGCUAUGGUCCUCCUACGACACAAUUCAAUGUAUAUGAGAUGGCCAAAGAUUACUCUGGGUGGUCUGUGAAGUACCUUGUCGAUCUUGACCCAGUUAUGGAUGCAUUUCCAGAGUCUAUAGUAGGCUUGCUUGAUUACAAAUUUCUUAUAAUAAGUUUUCUCAGGAGGAAUAGUGAUGAGGAGUCAUUUCUUGUGUUGGGUAUACCUGGUAAGGCCAUUCGUUACAAUUUCAGUGACAAGACUUUCAAGAAGCUUUGUGACGUUCCUCGAGAUCAUCUAAAUUUUGAGCUUGACCAUGCCCCCAAUGUUUGGAUGGUAUAAUGCAUUUCAAUACAUUGAGUCUCUCUCUUGUGUCACAAUAAGGGAUAGUUCAAUGCAUUUCACUGUAGAGUCUAAAGAUGACAAGAUAUACACAACAGUCUUAAUAGACUGAUU